AAGGAAGGUGAAUGUCUGUGAGCUAAUGAUAUUAGAGGUGGGGAAAGGUAAAAUGUCUUACCAGCAAUAUAGAGACCCUGGUUUAGGAGGUGAUGAAGAGCAGUGGAAGGAAAUGCUGCAAAUAUGUAUCGCAAAUGCUAUGUAAGAGCCAGGUGGUAACCCUAUCAUGGGAGGAAAGGAAUUAAGGAGGCAUGGAGGAAAGGGGGCGAAGGAACUUGGUGGGAUGUGGCGUCAGGAAGAACCUGGAGAACAGGUGGGCUGUUUGUGCUGUGGCUAAGGAACCUCUAUUAAGUACUACAGGAGCCUCCUAUGUAUGGAAGGUGUGUGAGAUUGGAGUGUAUGUGGAUUUGGUCCUUACCUUUGGCCUUAUGGUUCUGAAAUAUUGCUUCUAGCCAAGGAUUUUGAAUUGUUUUAUAAAACACUGUUAUCUUUAUAAAUGCAAUUUUGCAAGGAUAGGAAGAACAGUGUCCGUUGGUUGUGUUAGGCUUUUUUGCUUUAGGAUCUGGGUUACUUUUUUUCCCUUGGGAGGAAUGGUAUGUAAAAAAAAAAAAAAAAAAAAAGUUUAAUGUCUUGUAAUAUGCCCCUUGUACUGUGGGAGACUAGAUGGAGUCUGCUGGUGUUGUUGACUUCAGAAAGAGCCAAGUGUAAGGACCUGAUGAAAUUAAUCUUUAAGUUAAACAGAUAAUUGACAAAAGGAAAUUGUGUUUCAAUUCUCACAAUAUAUUGAAUCUACCUGGUGUUUGAAAGCCACUGAGGAACCUUCAGCACAAAAAAUCUCUCAAAAACAGCUUACAAAAAAUCUUUGCACAAAAAACCUCUGUGCUUAUGAAAGUAGACAAUGACAACUGACGAGGCCACAAAGAAUGAAGGAGAGGUCCAGACAGCAGCUCUCGCUGAACGGGGAGACGAUAUCACACCCAAUCAAGAUCGAGGGGUUCUGAAGAUUGUGAAGAAACCAGGGAAUGAGGAUGAGUCCCCUAUGAUUGGAGACAAGGUUUACGUCCACUAUAAAGGAAAGCUGGCCAAUGGAAAAAAAUUUGAUUCCAGCCGUGAUAGGAACGAGCCAUUUAUUUUCAGUCUGGGAAAAGGCCAGGUAAUCAAGGCAUGGGACAUUGGGGUUGCCACCAUGAAGAAAGGGGAGAUCUGUCACUUGGUGUGUAAACCAGAGUAUGCAUAUGGCUCUGCCGGCAGCGUCCCAAAAAUCCCCUCCAAUGCAACUCUCUUUUUCGAGAUUGAGCUUCUUGAUUUCAAAGGGGAGGAUUUAUUUGAGGAUGGAGGAAUCAUCCGAAGAAUCAAGCGAAAAGGAGAAGGGUACUCCAAUCCAAAUGAAGGAGCUACUGUACAAAUCCACCUGGAAGGAUUUUAUGGUGGCAGAAUAUUUGACUGCAGAGAUGUGACAUUUGUUGUUGGAGAAGGAGAAGAUCAUGACAUUCCAAUUGGAAUUGACAAAGCUCUAGAGAAAAUGCAGAGAGAAGAACACUGUAUCUUGUACCUUGGACCACGAUAUGGGUUUGGCGAGUCAGGGAAGCCUAAAUUUGGCAUCGAGGCAAAUGCUGAGCUUGUGUAUGAAGUUACACUUAAAAGCUUUGAAAAGGCCAAAGAAUCCUGGGAGAUGGACACCAAAGAGAAACUUGAGCAGGCUGCCAUUGUCAAAGAGAAAGGGACAGUGUAUUUCAAGGAAGGCAAGUACAUGCAGGCAGUGAUUCAGUAUGGCAAGAUUGUGUCCUGGUUAGAAAUGGAGUACGGCUUAUCAGAAAGGGAAUCUAAAGAAGCUGAAUUCUUCUUGCUGGCAGCCUUCCUCAACCUGGCCAUGUGCUACCUUAAGCUGCGGGAAUACAUCAAAGCUGUUGAAUGCUGCGAUAAGGCACUGGGAUUGGAUCAAGUCAGCGAGAAGGGUUUUUAUAGAAGGGGUGAAGCCAGAUUACUAAUGAAUGAAUUUGAAUUGGCGAAAGGUGACUUUCAAAAAGUACUGGAAGUAAAUCCGCAGAACAAAGCUGCUAAGUCACAGAUCACCGUCUGCCAGAAGAAGCUGAAGGAGCACAAUGAACGUGACCGGAGGAUAUAUGCCAACAUGUUCAAGAAGUUUGCAGAGAGAGACGCAAAGGAGGCCAGCAAAGCCCUGGGAGAGAGAGAUGCAGAGAAAGCCACGUGUGAAAAGGGUUUCACAGCUCCAGUGAACGAAGGCAAAGCCUGAGGCCCGUACAACAGAAGAGAAGGCGGAGAAUUGAUCCUUAUGAACUUGGCCUGUGCCAAAACAGGUUUCUGCAAAACUCAGGACUCAACAGUGUUUAUUGUAAAGCUUGUUACAGUUUGUGUGAUCGUGGAAGCAAAAUGCCUAACCAGCAGCUUCACAAACAAAAAUGUUUCAACAGCCCUACUGCUGAGAGCAUGCGAAGCAGCGAAGCAGAAGCAAAGGGUCGGUGGGACCACUCCAAGUGGAACAAAUGUUUUUUAAAAAGAAAGGGGGAAUGACAAAAAACAACAAAACAAAAACCCUGGCACUAAGAAGGUUUAUUGAGGCAGCUCAUGUCCUGCUCAUUUCAGUUCAUAUCAACUUUCCAUACAAUGCCCAGUAUCCUCAACCAUAAGUUGGCAUGUAGGAGCUCUCCGUUGUACAAUUCAGUAUUGCAUUUGGUUGUACCGCAAUAGCACGACACAAGCCUAUGUUGUUACUGUUGUUUUUUUAAAAAUUGACUCAAGUGCUAUGGAUGCAAAGUGUCACGCUGUGCCUACUAGAACAAAGUUCAGAGCAGUGUACCCUGGGCUGUGUAGCGCAGUGUUAUGGGCUUGAAAGCCAGAUGCAGAGAGGUGACCUUCGUCUGCAAUUUCUUUCUUCUCUCUCACUCCAGUAUAGAUUUCAAAUGGGUUUCUGUAGCACAGGCUGACUUCUCUGGGGUCUGAACAAUCUGUCUAUUGUUACAGCCCUAACUGAAUGCUUACUGGGUAUGUUCAGCAGUGAUGAGCUCGUGGGGGUUGGUUUUCUGUCGGGAGGUUUCUUGGACAUGCUUCUGGGGAUGUUCCAGUAUGAUGAUAGUAACUGGCAUUAAACUACUGCAUUUCAUCAUGACUUUCCCAUUUCCUUUUAGGAAACUGUUACAGGUGGCUCCCACUAGUGCUGCUUCAGUUAAGUUUUCCAUCACUUCCAUUAUAACUCCUCUCUUUGGCUUUAAAAUAGUGUUUCAUUCUGGGAGUUAAUUUAUUUACGUUUUUUUAAAAGUUGAAACACAGUUUUCAUUUUGUUGGCGUGCAAAAGAUUGUAUUCAGAAGCUGCUGUUCUCAGAUACUUAAUUUACAACCUGCAAUCUACAAACAGGUUUUUUUUUUAAAUGGAGUUUACAGCUUAUUAGGGGUUGUGCAAAAAAAGCAGAUGAAAUGUUGUGGUUCAAAAUGGUUAUUUGGUCUCUUACUGCGCAUAUGUGGUACCAGGAAUCAUAGCUUCCCAAUGAAUAUCUUUUAUCCAACACUCACAGAUGUUUUGGUGAGAGCUCUAUUGAUUGAUCAGUAACCUACAAAGCACAGAAAUGCAUUGUGGAUUAUAGCUCUGACAGGGAAAACACAUUUUCUGCACCAUUAUGGCUCCUUUGAAGUCUAGUACAUAUGACUACUUUAAAGAGACAUUUUCAUUACCUUUUUAAAACUGCUUUUAAAUUUUUAUUUACUCUCCAUUGUUUGUAAUAACCCCUUUUGAAGCUGGAAAAUAAAACUUCUUUUCCUAUCA